CCGGGGGAUCUCCAGCCACCACCUGGAGGCUGGCAAGCGUAGGAAAGGCCGGGCUGGAAAUCCCGCAGAGCCGCUGCCGGUCCGAGCGGGCAAGACCGGCCGAGGGGCCCUCCGCGGUCGGAGUCCGAGGCGGCAGCUGCUUGGGCGGGGUCGCCGUGCGCAGGGGAUCUGCGUGGCCACCCUCGCCCGGGGUCCUUCCGCAGCUGCCUCGGGGCCGCACGUGGGUGCCGGCGGAGCGCGGGGCUCGGGCCGCUUCCCGGGGCGCCUCUGGGCGGGGGGCGCCUGCCUCCGAAGCCGGCCAUGGCGGCCGAGGAAGGGCUGCUGCUCAACGUGAGCUCCCUGCCCGCGCCGGGGUUCGCAAGGCGGAGGAGAGCCUCGCAGGCUCCGCGGGGCCCGGGCACGCAGCAACGGAAGGCUCUGAAAAGAAAAUUUCAGUGGCCGGAGGAAGGCACGCAGCCAAAGCAGAAGGCACGCUUGUCUUCACCCCAAGCCAAGAAACUGGCAACGGGCCCUUUGAGGCCCAUCAAGGGCUUGGGCCCUCCAAAGUCUCCUCCCAAGAAGUCCUUGACUGAGUGCAAGGUCAGCAAUGCAAGUAGCAGGACCUCUGUGAAGACUUCCUCUCUCUUCAGAAACAACCCUGAAAUCCCAGAUGUGCAGAGACCUUCAGUGGAACAAGUCCAGGAAAGAGUUUUCACUUCCGAUUCUUUUGAUCAGCUUGGCCUCCAUCCCCACUUGACUUCAACAAUAACAUCUGUUUUGGGAAUGUCUUGUAUGACCAGUGUUCAGAAGCAGACCAUUCCCGUGCUGAUGCAAGGCAAAGAUGCUCUGGUGAGAUCACAGACUGGCUCUGGUAAAACACUUGCCUAUGGUAUCCCCCUUAUUCAGUCCUUGCAAAACAUGGAGCCAAAAAUAAAGCGCAGCGAUGGUCUUUAUGCUGUCAUCCUGGUCCCGACCCGAGAACUGGCCCUUCAGAGCUUUCAGACGAUCCAGAAAUUGCUGAAGCCAUUUACCUGGAUUGUGCCUGGCGUGCUGAUGGGAGGAGAAAAGAAGAAAUCGGAAAAGGCCAGACUACGCAAAGGAAUAAAUAUUCUGAUUGCCACUCCUGGUCGCCUGGUGGACCACAUCAAGUCCACCCAAUGCCUUCAUUUCCACCAGGUCCAGUGGCUGAUUCUGGAUGAGGCUGACAGGAUCUUGGAUCAGGGUUUUGAGAAGGCUGUCACUGCGAUCCUGAAUGCUGUAAACACAAACAGUGAGAAGCGGCAGAACGUUUUGCUGUCGGCCACACUUACAGAUGGAGUGGCAAGAUUAGCCGAUAUCAGUUUGCACGAUCCAGUCUGCAUUUCUGUUGUGGAAGAAGUUGGGGGCUCAAGCAGCCCCAAGGCAAGAGCGUGCCUGAGUCAGGCUGAUAGAGCUCUUCCAGCAAGUGCGGAACGCGACACUUUUGCUGUGCCAGAAAAACUGCAGCAGAAUAUCACGGUGGUUCCGAGCAAGCUGCGGCUUGUGACGCUGGCUGCUUUCAUCCUUGGGAAGUGCAAGUUUGAAAAAUGCAACAAGAUGAUGAUCUUUUUCUCCAGCUGUGAGCAGGUGGAGUUUCAUCACACACUUUUCCAGACAGUCCUGGCUGAGGGGCUGGAGACUGGAGGUCUGGAGCCUUCUCUCCUGCCCCCUCUGCCCUUGGUGUUCCAGCGUCUACAUGGUGACAUGAAGCAGGAGGAGAGGACAACAAUCUUCCAGGAUUUCUUGCAAUCAAAGACUGGUGUUUUACUCUGCACUGAUGUUGCAGCUCGAGGAUUGGACCUGCCAGAGGUCACCUGGAUUGUUCAGUAUAAUCCUCCAGCUUCGCUUGCUGAAUACGUCCACCGUAUUGGGAGGACAGCUCGGAUUGGCAGUCAAGGGAACAGCCUGCUCAUCCUGGCUCCUUCAGAGGCGGAAUAUGUCAACCUGCUGGCUUCUCACAAGAUUAAUGUUUCAGAACUGAAGAUGGAGAGUAUCCUGUCUUGCUUGGUGAAAGAUAAUCGUUUUGUGGGGAACCGAGGGGGAAAUAAGAAGUUCCAUAGCACAGACCCUCAAGAAGUGCGGCGCAGGGCCACUGUCUUGCAGACUCAAUUUGAGAAUUUUGUCCAUUCCAACAUGGAAACUGUCCAGCAAGCCAAAAAAGCUUUGCAGUCCUUCAUUCGGUCAUACGCAACCUACCCAGCCAGCCUCAAGCACAUCUUUCAUGUCAGGUUGCUCCAUUUGGGCCAUGUUGCAAAGAGCUUUGGGCUUCGGGAUGCCCCCAAGAAUCUCAGCACCCGUGCCGUUCCAAAGAAGAGGAAGAACCAAAGGCAGAAAAGGCCUGACCUUCUCAGGAAGAAUUGGGGUCACCGCCGUCUGGCUGAAGUGCUGCGGUCUGAAUACUCGAGUGGGCUGGACUCUGGCACAUCCCAGGUCAAGAGGAAGAAAGGACCGAGUAAUCUUGGGAACCCAAAGCCCCUCCGCUGAGCUGGCCAUUCUUCACUUUGGCUGUAAAAGCAGACUCUUGAGAACCGCUGGGGACAGAGGACAGCAGAAUGCCCUCUGGGAGGGCAGCAGAGGAAGACUGGAAGGCGCUUUUCAAAGGCCGAGCAGGGGAAUCCACUGCAUUCCAACCUCUCCUCCUCCCUCAAAGGGAUCCUGUGGCAAUUAAAGGGGUAUUUUCCCCAAGGCA